CGAGAGGGUGUGAGUGUGUGCGGGUACGUGUACGGGUGCACAGCCGCCCCCGGGGGUUUCCCUUCUUCGUUGGCUGGCGCGCAGUCGAGCAACCCUGUGCUGCUCGCCAGCUCAGUUGCCCACCGCCGCGACGACGACACGGUUGCGCCACUACGACACUCGGACGUUGCCGUAACCGGGGCUAGCCCGAGAGUAAACACGUUGCUCCUCUUAUCUUGAAGCCGCGUUAUUGCGAGUUUGCUUCGAGUCCGGUCGAGUUUCGAGAUACCGAUAGAUAGGGAGGGAGAGAGAGGGAGAGAGAAAGAGAGAGAGAGUGAGGGAGGAAGAGAGAGAGAGAGAGAGAGAGAGAAAAAGAGAGGAAGAACACGACCACCGAUGGGAGUUUAGUAUCGUAUACUACAUGGGUCCGAUCUUUGACUAGCUGUGGUGGUGCUGUCAGUGUUAUUUGACUGUACGGUGAAGCCGAAUCCUCGCGAUUUGACCAGUGUGCACGAGUUGUCGAGGAGAGGAGAGGAAAGGGAGAGAGGAAGAGGAGACUCGGGGUAAAAGUGUGAGAGAUCGGGGGAGAAAAGAAUGGAAAAGGAAUCGGGAACGGACGUUGGACGUUGCUCUUGAUCUCUGUCCUAGGGAUAUUGGCCGUCUCGUUGAUCGUCCGCUCGUUUUUUUUUUUUUCGUCUCGUAUGAGAUACCGGCGGAAGAGUGGCCGGUGCACGAGUGCCUUUCCCGUUGAGCGAGGGAAUAUAGCGGAGGCGGAGGAAGAACUCUGUUGUCCUUGAAAUUCGAUCCCCGCGCGAGGAGAAUGAAAGAAAGAAGCGGUUCCACGAAUUUCCAUGCGCAUCGUUGAGGUCGAAGGAGAGUUUUGUUCGAGGAGCGAUGAAUGAAUGAAACCCGUCACCCGUGCUAUCUCGAGGUUGAAUAGAAUUCCUGGACACCGGAGAUAAGGCCCUGAUUGUCUUUGGACGUGGCUCGGUUAAUACUCGAACGAACGAGCGAUGAACCCAGGAAUCCGUACCUGAUCACAACGAAACCGCAAUUCAACGAACAGACUUAGGCUGAAAGUGUGAGGUUAAACGCGUAGUUUCUAGACAGAGUAGAUGUGUUCAAGUGUGAAACGAAAUAAUACGAGAUAAUACGGUCGCGCCGAUUACAGGGAGAAGCCGAUUCGUUUCACGAGUCGACGCUCGCAGGUUGCCGUCGCUCGCCGCAACUUGCUCCUCAGUUUCUCCGUUCGACGGAUCCCCGGCUUCUCCGCCUUUACAACGAAGAUAAGUUAAAUUUACGUCACUCGUAAACAACCUAGUAAUUCUAAUACCGAUCGACGAACCAUCAUUUUCCACGGUAUCGUCAAUGAUGGAGAUCUAUGAAAACACUUAGAACCGGUGACGGGUUCCCCGGUCAGUAUCUUGGUUUUAUUACAAGUCGAAACUCGUUGUAUAUUUUAGAAAAUCAACCGCUCAAUUAGCAAGCCUAUCGGAGUAGAGAUCGGUUUCCUUUCCUAUUCCCGAGUCAAGAUAGAGAAAUAUCGAAAACGAUGCGAGUGCUCGACGCAAACCGUCGGAUCUCGAGCAAGCGUUAUGCCAAGGCCUAGCCUCGUUCUUUUCUAUUCGUCCUCGUUCGACCGUAGAAAAAAAGAAUCGUUCCACAAUUUUUGAUCGUCCGUAAUCGAACGAGUACAGUUGGAACGAAACCCAACGAAUUCAGCCUUUCGAGCUUUUCUCCAACACUCGGAAUCUUAUAAAAAGAAAGAAAGAAAGAAAGAAAAAAGAAAAAAACAAAAGUUCCUACGAAUCGAGCUCGAUCUCGAUACGAAACAGCAACGAGAAAACAACUAUUCGAAACUAUUUGCUCGAAUAGCUGGCCAGACAGAGAAACAACGAUCUUCUUGAAACUUGAAACUUUCAACGAGUGAACGCUCAACAUGCGCCAUUGACCAGGGGAAGAUUGGACAGAAGGAAAAAGCGCGAAGAAGGAUCUCGAUCGUUACGGCCGCGAUAUUAAACGAUAAAUCUCUAUUAAAGGAAAUAAUGCCGUUUUGAGACGCGAUAACGAUCGGUGAGAAUCGCAAAGAUGCCGCAGCGAUCGCCGUUCGCGAUCCAGGAGCUGCUGGGGCUGAACGGUACCGGAAACGGAAGCGGUACCGAUCGCGGCUCGCCCCAAGGAUCACCGCCGGCCGGCGUCUCGGCCGUUUCUUACGCGCCCACGGCGCCUCAUCACAAGCUAUGGGACUACAUGCCUAGCCUGACCAAUCAUCUGGGCAAUCUGGGGAAUCUUGGGAAUCUGGGCAACCUCACGGCCUCGCGGAUGGCCUAUCUGAAUGCGCAGGCGGCCGUCGCCGCUGCCUUCCUGCCGCCGCCCCACCCCCACCCCGCGCACCACGUACCGCAUCAUCAGGUACAUCAACCGGGACAACUUCCGGCCUCACCGGCCGGUGUCAACGUGCAUCCGGGUGCACACGCGCAGCAUGUACUUCCGGGUACCGCAGUCACCGCGAACCAUCAUCAGCACAGUCCGAGUCAGCACACGCCACCCCAUGGUUUCUCCCAGUCGAAGAGCUCGUUCUCAAACACAAGCCCAGGUGUCGGGCACAAUAUAGAAUCCGGGAAAGACUUCACGGUCGACGGUCUCUCCGGUUUCAGCAAAAAGAAGAAGAAGAAGCGUCGUCAUAGGACGAUCUUCACGUCACAGCAGCUGGAGGAGCUGGAGGCAGCCUUCAAAGAAGCCCAUUAUCCCGACGUGUACGCUCGCGAGAUGCUCAGCCUUCGAACCGAUCUGCCCGAAGACAGGAUACAGGUCUGGUUUCAAAAUCGAAGAGCAAAAUGGCGCAAAACUGAGAAGUGUUGGGGCAGAAGUACCAUAAUGGCGGAGUACGGCCUGUACGGAGCUAUGGUACGGCACUCACUACCGCUUCCGGAGACCAUAUUGAAAAGUGCAAAGGAGAACGAGUCGGUGGCGCCAUGGUUGCUAGCUCAAUCAUCUAAGACGAGCAGCUUUAGUCAAGAUAUCGAAAAUAAUCAAGAACUGAUUGACUGUGGCCCCGCAGGGAUGCACCGGAAGUCAAUCGAAGCAGCGGAACACCUCAAGUCAGGCGGAGAGGACAGUGGAAACGAUCAUAAUGGAAGCGGAAGCAGCCCCCAUCAUAAUCAUCAUCAAGGUGGACCGACCAGUUCUGAGAGCGGACAGGAGAGUCAGGACGGCAUGGGGCCUUCUUCGUCGACAGGAAUCGUUCAGGACACGGAGCAGCUGAGGAACGAGAGCAUCGCCUGUUUAAGGGCGAAGGCCCAGCAGCAUCAGCUGCAAUUGAGCCUACAACCAACGGCUGCACCAACCAGCACCUCGUAUCCAACAGGCCCACAAUCGAGCACGCUUCACGCCCCCGUUUAAUCAUCGUUUCAUCGACAUUCCUUUCACACGAAUCAUCGAAACUAGGAGACGUUCGAUUAACUUAGAGAGAACACAAUCACGUUCGAAACUUUAACAGUUCACGUUCCCCGAUAAUUUCGCGAAUCAUCCACGCGAAUCUCCGAUAUUCGACUCGGGGGAUCACGAAAUAUAUAUAUAUAUAUCAAUGUUCCCGGGAAGAUCAUGCUUCCCGCCCGAUCUUUGCCAAUCGAGAGAGAAAGAGAGAGAGAGAGAGAGAGAGAGAGAGAGAGAGAGAGAGAGAGAGAGAGAGAGAGAGAGAGAGAGAUUCUUCGUGUAUUUCCGACAUAUAAAUAUUAUCGAGUUAACUUCGAUUUCAACGAAUCAGGGUAAACGUCUAUCUACCUAUUGCUAAGAGAAUAUGUACAGACGGAUACAGACGGAGUACCGUGCACCGAGUAUACGUGUUACACGACACAACGAAUACGAAUCGUUACGAAUCGGGCUGAAUCAUCGAAGCCCGUGAUCGAUAACCGCGCCAGGGCCUAUUCCGAUUCUCGCGUUUCACCUUCCACGCUGCAGGAAAUGGACGACGGGAGGAUGUGGACGUGGACGAAGAAGGGGGACGAAGCAACGAGAAUUACUUCGAGCCGGUACUUCCUCAUUCAACGAAAACGGUGGCCUAUGGACGGCCAAGUACAAUGACGAAUCAUCAUCGAUCGCGGCGUGACAAUGCUCGCCUCCACCCGUCGACACCGGCUCGUUUCUCGCGAUUCGCUGCGUUCCUCGGGGGGAGGGGGGAGAGGGAGGCGAUGCCUCGAAAAUCUCGCGCGAUGAGAUGUCGAACGCGAGGAUCGAGUGACGCGGGAAAUCGUUGGGGAGGAGGGAGGGGCACGAUUCCACUGGGUGACCGCUGGAACGAGUCGCGCCGGUGAAUCGACGGCGAGUGGUCUAGGCGAAUCGACUAAUUAGGAGUAAUAGCCGCUUUAAAUAGUGCGAGUAUAAAUAUAUACAUAUGUAUGGCGACGCGUGUAUGCUGCGACGUGAUUAUGUCGAAGAGGAAAGGGAGAGAGAAAGAGAAAGGGAGUGUGUGUGUGUGAGAGAGCGCGCGAGUAUGCUUGCGUUACCUUGAAACGAAGAUUUCGCCUUUAAGAGAUUACCGAACGAUUUGCAACGAACAACAAGAUAAAUAAAUUACCACGAGUGAGACGAGUAUACAUAUAUGAAUUAAAAUAAUAUCAAGCAAGAUACAUCGAAGUUAAACCUCGAGCAGCAUGUCUUCUUACCCGAUGUUUGUUUUCGAUGGGAUAUAUAUAUACAUAUAUAUCCUUUUUUCCAUUCAGGGACAAGCGUGUUGGAAAACGUCAGAAAUUCCACAACCGCGGAUUAAUUGAUCAAUAAAGUGUAUACGGUGAGAGUUAGUUAAGGCGAGAAUGAGAUGAAGAGAUGGAAUGUUCACGGAUAUUCCGCGGGAGAGAGGGAGAGAGUGCAACGGAAAAUGUUUAUUAGCGAACACUUCCUAUACUCAAGUACUUAAGACGUAACUGUUGUCAAAUGUGCAAUAUAUAAGGUAUAAGUUCUAGAUUGGUAAGGCAUUAUACUUUAUUUACGGAUACACAACUACGUGAGGUGUGGUUUGUCUGGGUAAUGGCGCCUUGACGGACGGGCGAGGAAGGUCCACAGGCCGAUUAGAAUUGAUCGUAGGAUGCAAUUUACGUGGAAAUUUCUAUUCGUGAAACUUUGAAAAUGUGAUUGGGGAUAAAGAGGAUCGUAGCAAGAUAUUCGUUACGCUCGAUUCGUGUAUCAAAACGUAUAUCGUUUUUCGAUAUGCUAAUCUUAGAGGUGUGGAGAUUCGUUUAAAAAAAAAAAAAUGUAAAAAAAAAAGUGGGAAUAAAAUUCUUUGGAAAUAUUUCCUCUCGCCCUGCAUCCUACGGUUAACGCAAAGCAACUACCGAAGUAAACGUUGUUUCCACAAAUAUAUUAAAAUGUAAUUUUUAUUCUUCCACUAUACGAGGCCGGUUUUCACGCCCCGUUGGCGCCGUUACCUUACCCCCGCCCACUGUAUAUAAAUAUAUAAAUACAAAGUAUAUAUAUAUAUAUAAAUAUAUAUAAGGAAAAAAAAUAUAAAUGCGAAUAUAUGUGGUUACGAGACACCUUAAGUCGGACGAGUCUCUUUGCGUUUUUUCGUGUUCAUCGUCGUAUCGUGUUUUCAAUGAUAUUUACUUUUUCUAGAUCGCGUCACACACUUUUUCGAGUUUCGUUUUUUUCUUUUUCUUUUUCUUUUUCGAUAAGAAUGGUAAUAAUUUCUCGAACUUGGACUGGAACGAGGAAUGAUUUCAGAAUUAGGCAGAGAGUUUCGUUCGUCUUAGAUCGGCCGGACCAUAACACAUAACGUAACGCACUAUAAUUUAAACGAAACAAUUUAAACGAGGGAUGAGGGUAACCACACGCUCCACAGAGACAAAGGUGAAAAAAAGAAUCGAAGUAACGAAAGGAAAUAACGCUGUUGUUUGUGAGAUAACAUUUAACAACGCGCUUCGGAUCUCAAGCGAAUUUCCCUGUAUCCGAAUGCCCCAACGCAUGCAUAGUAGUCGGCUAGUGUAUGUAAUAAAUAAAAUUUCUGAACAAAA